UCCAGCUCCCUUCCUCCGCCUUCUCGAGAAGCGUCAUUCCAAGUGCAAAAUAUGGCUGGAGACGAGACACGUCGUAAAGUCAACGAUGAAAGUGACUCAGAGGAGGAGAGCGAUACCGAGCAGAUUGUCAAGGUCGAGAUCGACCCUUCAAAACUCACCCCCUUGUCUCCAGAAGUCAUAUCAAAACAGGCUACUAUCAACCUAGGAACCAUCGGCCAUGUCGCUCACGGGAAAUCUACCGUGGUCAAGGCCAUCUCUGGAGUCAUGACCGUUCGUUUCAAGAAUGAGCUUGUUCGCAACAUCACCAUCAAGCUUGGAUACGCUAAUGCCAAGAUCUACAAGUGCGAGAACGAGGCUUGCCCCCGUCCCGGCUGUUACAAGUCCUACCGUUCCGACAAGGAAGACAACCCUCCCUGCGAACGCCCUGGCUGCAAUUCUCGAAUGAAGCUCGUCCGCCAUGUCUCUUUCGUCGACUGCCCCGGUCACGACAUUCUGAUGGCUACAAUGCUUAACGGUGCUGCGGUCAUGGAUGCUGCCCUCCUCCUCAUCGCCGGCAACGAGACGUGCCCUCAGCCGCAGACGAGCGAACAUUUGGCAGCUGUCGAAAUUAUGAAGCUAGAAAACAUCAUCAUCCUCCAGAACAAGGUCGACUUGAUCAAGGAGGAGCAAGCACUAGAGCAUCAUAAGAGCAUCGUGGCGUUCGUUAAGGGUACCGUUGCGGAGUCAUCCCCCAUCGUCCCCAUCUCUGCUCAGCUCAAAUACAACAUCGAUGCCGUGAACGAAUACAUCGUCAAGCGCAUCCCCAUCCCCACCCGUAAUUUUACCGCUGACCCCCGCCUCAUUGUCAUCCGUUCCUUCGACGUCAACAAGCCUGGUGCCGAGGUUGACGAGCUCAAGGGCGGUGUUGCUGGUGGCUCCAUCCUCACCGGCGUCCUCCGCCUUGGCCAGGAGGUCGAAAUCCGGCCAGGUAUCGUGACCAAGGACGCGCAGGGCCGCAAUCGUUGCAAGCCAAUCUUCUCGCGUAUAGUUUCAUUGCACGCGGAGAGCAAUCAUCUCCAGUUCGCGGUGCCGGGUGGUUUGAUAGGUGUGGGUACGCGAAUCGACCCGACGCUCUGUCGUGCGGAUCGGUUGGUCGGUCAAGUGCUGGGUGCGGUAGGCAAGUUGCCUAAGAUCUUCACCGAGCUUGAGAUCAGCCUGUUCUUGCUCCGUCGACUGCUCGGUGUCAAGACCGAGGACAAGAAGCAGACGAAGGUGUCCAAGCUCGUCAAGAACGAGCUUCUACUCAUCAAUAUCGGCUCAACGUCGACCGGUGGUCGUGUGCUCUCAGUCAAGGGCGAUCUUGCGAAGAUACAGCUCACUUCCCCCGCGUGUACUGAGGUUGGCGAGAAGGUUGCCUUGUCACGACGUAUCGAGAAGCACUGGCGUCUCGUUGGAUGGGGUAGCGUACAGCGUGGCACUGUACUUGAAGUGGACUAAGCCGCCUUCAUGUUGUAGAUCUUGUCGUUGUACUCAAGCUGCCAUCGUCUGUAGCAUUAGAGUUGUCACUAUCACCAUAUCAUCCCUGCGCCAUUGCGCUCUGUAUUGAUGCGCCUGUCGUUUCCGUCACGUAUGCUACGUCAUUGUGUUGUGUGUUGCGGAUCUUAUUGUAUGCUACGUUGUGGUCUAAAACAGUUCGACAUAUGAUCGACCAAAGCAAUGCGACAGGGAGAGUAGGGUGCGUAAUACAGAGUCGAGUAUCCUAAUCUAAGCAGUCACAUCCGGUGCCGGUGCAGGCUGUGGUUCUGUUGUACUAGAUGCAUUGCUCUCUGGUGGCGGGUUGAUGAGGUCAAGCUCUCUAAUGUCCACACCCGCGAAAGAGCGGUUCUUCACUUUGCGCGACUCAAGCUCGCGUUUCGUGAGGUAGAGAUGGAGGAGGCGAACGCAGUCCUUCGCAAAGACAAACAAGCCUAAGCCCACUGUGUUACGCCACCAGACAGGGUCCUGCGCGUUCCACGUCGGCGUCCCACCGAACAUGAUGUUGAUACCUGUGGCUAGAUGCGCUCCGAUCUGCCGCAGAGGAGAAUGUGAGUUCCCAACCGGGGCGCCAAACAGCCCUACCUGGGCAGGCACGUUUGCCGGCCGAUCACGAAUGGCGAGGAAUGCGCGGAGCCAGGGAAGGUACUGAGAGAGGUGGUAGAGAAGCUUGCCCAUGCGAUUCGAGAUCGUAGGCACGAGCAACGCGCCUCCGACAAACCGACCGAGGGACGAGGUCGUGACGUGGAGAGUGCGUUCGGCGACGGCGGCAGGGUCGUCGGGCAGGUUGUUGUUCCCUUCGCCCUCGGGAGGGACCGCGGGUUCGCCUUGACCGUCUUGCGCACCUGCGCCGCCAGCGCGGGGCACGGCCUGCCCUGCAACGGGCUGGAUGUUCGCCCCGAUGCGAACACGGAGAGGAGCGGGGCCGUUCUCGUUCAGGGCCCAGAUGACGCGCCGGAUGGGACCGCCGUCUCUGCUCGCGGCGUCGGCGUGCGUGCCCAUGACGAAUCUGGUGAGCUUGUUGAAGAAUCGGCGGUAUGUGAUCCUGACGAAUGGGAAGAGGAUCAUGCCCAUUAUUGGUGUUGGCGGCCAGCUCAGGGGAGGCGGGGCGUAGGGUGCUCCGGUGCGGUUGAAUGUCCAAAGUGAGGAGGAAGGAGAUGUGGCACGGGCUGGUGGCGACGACGACCAAGUGAGGAAGAGAGGGACGAUAGGGAAGGUAUCGAAGAGACGCGUUCUGGAGAGGAUGAGGGAGAACGGGAUGAUCGGGAGGUGUAUGAAGGCGUGCCAGGGCCACACAGAGGGGUCGUCGGUGAGGAGGACGUUGUACAUUUCUUCGCCCAGGAACUCCUUGACGGCGAACGCGCCGUACGACGUAGACACGACAUAUAAUGUGAAUCCGAAGGUCGCCGUCAAUCCUACAAAGCCCACCACCGUCGCUGCCUUCCCUGCGGCCGAAAGUCCAGCGUUGACUGCAUUCAACAAACGCAGGAUGCGCGGGUUGUCACUUUCGAGCUCAUAUGUUGCGCCACAUUGCGGACACUUGAGCGCAUUCCCUGCGCGGGAGGAAUCCUGCUGUGCCGACUUGAUCCACUCGAGGAGACACGACUCGUGCGCGACGAGUGUGCAGGAACAAGGAUGUGUCCAAGCGCGGGGAGGGUCCUCAGGGUUGUCAUAUCGUUCCUCCUCUCGGCAAAUGUAACAUAGCUUCACUCGCAGGUCCUGCACGGUCGGCACCCACUGCGGGUCUGUCAUCGUGUAGAUUGAAGGGAGGUGUGAUGAUAGAGGGCGAACGACGGUAGCGCAAGCUUGGCGAAGGGGAAUACGUUGGCAGCGGUCGUGGC